AUGGGACAAGGGCAAGGGCGUUUCAUGAUCAUCUCAACCAUGGUCCUAUCUCUAUUUCCUACUAUUGCUUUUCUUGUUAUCUAUAGGAUUACUAUCAAUUUCACUAAUCUACCGUAUCCAGCAAAUUCACGCCAUACGAAUCCACAGCGUCAAGCCACCAUUGAUCGUAGGAUAACUGAGGAUAUAGAUAGGCUUUUAAAAAAUAUUCCUGGCCAACACAAGAUCAAACUGUUACCUUACAGGUAUCAUCAAGUUGUUGGUACUUUGGUGACAAUCGAUUUAUAUUCAACAUCUAGAAGUCCAAAGAUACGAUCCGCGUUCGAGAAUGCGAUACACAACGGUCACCUUGGUCGAUUUGCUGUGGGACCUGACGGAUACGAAUUUCAUAUUCUUAAGGAUUCAUUAAAAGAAUGUACAUCAUCAAAAUUUCAAUGUUCCGAUGAAACUUGCAUUGAUAUCGCGAAGAAAUGUGAUGGUGUUAAUGAUUGUAGUGAUGCGAGUGAUGAAUCGCCAGAAUAUGCAAAAUGUAAAAAAUUGGCCGUUUAUUUAUCGUUGGAAGAAAGCAGUCUUAAUGUAGGAAUUAAUGAAACAAUUCGAAUCUCUUUUACUAUACAUGGAUCUCAAAAUACAACAAAUGUUACAUGGUUUCAUAAAGGCAAACGUAUAGCACAAAAUGGGAAUGCAAUUCGUUAUGAUCCUAGAAUAAGCAUUUAUUAUUCUGUUGAUAGGCAAAUCUUGCAAAUUGAAAAUGCUAUUGAAACAGAUGCUGGCGAUUAUAAAAUUCAUCUCGACGACUAUAGUGUAGAAAAAACAGUUAAUAUAAAAAUAAUAUAUACAGCCAAUACAACAGAGGAAUCAAAAUGCCCAUCGAACCAGUUCAAAUGCCCCUCAGGACAUUGUUUUCCUAAAUCGUUGGCAUGCGAUGGUUAUAAACAUUGCCCAGAUGGUGACGAUGAAUUAUGCACAUCGAAGCAAUUCCAUUGUGUUCAAGACAAUGAAUGUAUCGAAAGGACAGCUAGGUGCAAUGGAUUAAACGACUGUAAAGAUGGCAGUGAUGAGAGAAAUUGCCCAAAAGUUACAGUAGCAAGUUGGCGUAGAUCAUUGCCAACAGUAAGAUGCCCAGAUGGAUCAUAUCCCGAGCAUAGUUUACAUGGAUCAACAUAUUGUUGGAGUAAUUCAGUAUGUCCAUCAUAUUCUGCUUGCAUAGAUUCAAAAUGCUGCACAACGAAUCUUGCAUUGCAAAAGUUGCUGUUGAAUUGUUCGUCAUCGUUUAUAGUCCUCAAAGAACUUCGUUUAUGUCCAACGUCACAAUGGGAAUGCGGCGAUGGACAUUGUCUUAGAGCGGAAAUGCGCUGUGAUCGAGUUGUACAAUGUAAAGACGGUUCUGAUGAAAUGCACUGUGGUAUGGUUUUCAAAAAUUUUUUUUUUUUUUUUGUGAUUUUCAUGACGGAUUUAUGGAAAAAAAAUUCAGUCAAAAAUAUUAUUUUCGAGAUAUUUCAAUUUUUUAUAUAUUAA